AUGGGAUGCAUCCCUUCUAAAUCAGCGUCAUCUCCCCCUUCAACCGCCGCAAAACCAAAGACUGUUUAUACCCCAAAACGCCCAACGUCCUCUGUCGUCCCCAACAUUGUGGUGUUUGGGGAGACUGGCGCAGGGAAAAGCUCACUUAUCAACAUGCUCGCCGGUCGCGAGGUCACCGAGGCCUCCAAUUCUGCCACAGGAGUCACCCCCAGCAACUUGGAAUUUAGCCUCACGAUCGGGAACCAGGAGUACCGGAUAUGGGAUACAGCCGGGCUGAAUGAAGCUGACACGGGGACGGUUCCGGCACAGAAAGCACUCGACAACUUGCAAGUUCUUCUUAAAACCCUCGCCGAGUCAUCCAGCGGUGUCAGCCUGCUCAUCUAUUGCAUUGGAGGGAUGGGCUACGGCGAGAUUCUUCGAAUCAAUUUCGAUUUGGUCUGGGGGAUCAUGUGUCAAGCUCGCGUCCCCAUCUUGAUACUGAUAACGAACCAGGAGUACUCCAAACCCGAGGGUGACUCCCUCAUAGGUGACACCUGGUGGAAGGCGCACUCAUCACGAUUGCUUCCAGACGGAACUACUAUUGCUCCGAAGCACCUUCAGCACGUACCAGUCGUGACGAUCAGAGGGGGAGAUAACAAAUGGGAUUCUAAAUACGAGCAUUCGUGCAUCGAGGUGAAGAAACGCAUUCAACAAAUGGUGAAUAAUUCGAAAUGGAACCCGCCGAAGUCCACAUGGCGACAAGUACAGAAACAGCUCGCAGCCUAUUACAAACACAGGAAGGUCUCGAGGGAUAAGCUGGAGCGGAAGAUCGUGGUUACAAAUUACCAAACCGCCUUUGCCACCUCGGUUGAGUAA